GAUUUUUUGUCGCAAAGAAGUUAUAGUCACUUUCCAUGUCACUUUAUAUGCAGCGCUCAUAUUUUGGAUCGAGAGAGUCACGAGGUCUCACUUGGCAUGCUUGGAGGAUGUUGCCGUUGCCAUAUAGAUACUUCAGCAUUCAUUUAUUAUCAUCAGACACGUAAGACAUGUAAAGAGUGUGAUGCUCACGAUGCUGUGCGGUUGACAUCUCAUUGGUAUGCAAUAAUGCCACCCUGGAUAAAAUACUGAUCAUUAUCAUAAUGAAAAGUGUCUGCGAAACGAACUGAACUUGUGUCUUCAGUUUUAAUGAAUUCCGGAAUAUUUAUCAUCAAACUUGCACAUGAAUGAUAUACGCAAGUAUCGGAUUACCAUUUUUUUAUGUAAAAUUAUUUUUGUCAUCGUUAUUAUUGUCUAAUUCAAUCCGACUUUUUUUCGUUUUUCACCAACUAUGGGAUCCCAGUCGUUGUUCACAACAAUUGAGUUUAAAAAGGAAUUAGAAUCUGUUCGUUAAUGGUAUUGGAUUUGAUGUUAAUUAUGGGACGCUGUCGUAUCCGCCUAAAGGUUUUGACAUAUACAUUUAUGUGCUUUGUAGGAUUGUCAUUAUUGGUCAUUCUUCAGGGGUUAAACAAACUGGUUGACCAAGAAUCUGAUGAGAAUCCGUACUCGACUCGAAAACGCCUUUCUCCAGCUCUAGCUCCUGCUGGAGACGCUAAUCCUGCAUCCAUAUUUAAAGUGGUACUACGAGAUGAUAAUAUCAUGCAAAUUGAUUUGUUGGUUAACUAUAGUUCUAUGGUGUCUGCAAAGAAAGUGGUUCGGGAGGACUAUGGUCCCAGCACACAUCGAAAGACUCCGGUGAGUAAUGAGGAGAGGGUGGUGUUAGACAAGCAAAAUAAUAAUCGCAGCCUACAUGAUGUAAGUCGAACGAAUCUGUCUGAAGCAAUCCUGAAAAGGGAUACUGACAGGAUCCAAGACAAUGGUACUCCGAGUCUUAAGCCUCCGAGUAAGAAAGAUAUUGACGAGGAACGCCAUAACGGUGACCGUGCCGCCGUUAGACGACGGGAUCUGCCGAAUUCUCAGAAGGGCGAAGACCUGGACAAAGCUUCGUAUGGGAAUCAGAAGAACUACUCCACAAAUCAGAGGCUUCUGAUCGAAAAUGAAAAAGUCCUCGACAAGGGUUUCAAAAUAUCUGAUAGCGAUAUCAUAGGUCGGCGGCAGGAGGGUGACGAGGAAAAUGCGAUUCAUGACAAUGAUUAUGAGGCCUACGUUCAGGAAACUAAUUACUUCAUCUCUCAAAAGCCUCUGACGAUUCAUGCGAAGACUAAGAUCACAGCCAAAGGUUCAGCAGCUUAUAGGCCACAAUUUGUUAUCCUGCUAGCGCAGAUGCGAACUGGUUCAUCUGCAGUAGGACAGAUAUUGAAUCAAAAUAAAGACAUAUUCUACCUUUACGAGCCGCUUCAUGUUACUCAUGACUGGGUUACAAAGCACAGAACUAAAGCUGAAGCUAAUAGUAGAAUGACCGAAGUAUUAAGUAAUAUUAGCCGCUGCGAAUUUUCCAAGGGUUUUGUGAGGAGUCACGGGUCCUGGGGUGGACGAACCAAAAGCCGAGCCCUAAUGCCUCUCUGUAAAGAUAUCAAGACAUGUAAGGAACUCCAACCAGCGGUGUAUAAACAAAUUUGCUUAGCUUGCAACGGGAACGUUGCAGUCAAGCUUAUUCGCAGCAAUCUAUUGCACCUAAAACCAUUACUUGAUGACGAUCUGGUGGACGUCCGAAUCAUCCAACUUGUACGAGACCCACGCGGCACGGCCAAUUCCCGACUGGAGUACUUCUCGGCCAAGAAAGACGAAAUUCCUCCAGGUUUGAAAAGGAACAGUUUAAAUCCAGUAAAGUUUGAUGAAGGCAUUUUUCUUCCGCCAAAAGACAUGUUGAAAUUAACAAUAAAGACAUUCUGCUCCUGGUUACGACAAUCACUCAAAAUAGCCCUUUCCCAACCUGCAUGGCUUCAGGGGCGCUACAUGUUGAUACGGUAUGAGGACUUUGCGGAGAGGCCCCGGAUGACUGCUCAAGAGAUCUACAACUUCCUAGGUCGUCCGACACCCCCUGAAGUCCUCAAAUGGAUAAAAGAGAACACGCAAGGCAAGACUAUAGGGGAAAAUCCCAAUCAUCCCCUAUUCAGUCUGUCGAAAAAUUCUUCGAGCACCGCAUCAAGAUGGAGGUUGAAUUUAUCGGGAGAACAGGUCAUGAUUGUUCAGAAUGAAUGUGAGGAUUCGAUGCGUCUUCUUGGUUACCAGUUAGUAGGCAAACAUUCACCACUCAAGGACCUCUCCGUGUCCCUCAUCAAGGAACUUACCUCCAGUUUGCGUGAUGUUAACAUGUUCACGGAUUAACAUGCACAGAGUCAUGAUUUAAAAGGUCGUUGCUAUAAAAAAAAAGAAUCAUUCACCAGUUUCUCAUGAAACCAAGUCAGCUCAAUGAAUAUUCUUGCAUGGUUGAAAUAAAAAUUAUGAAUGAUAAAAAUGGAUGCAUAUAGGACAGGUCUAAGAUAUUAAGGUCUAGUCAAGACUUUGGCAGUGAAAAUGCUACAUUGCACACAUUCUACGGUAUAAUGACUAUAUGAUGUCAUAAUGCCAAAAUAACCAGUUGUAAACAUGUUGUUUCUCUUUUUGUUAAUCCACCACAAUUACCAUGAUUACAGCCAAGGUUAAAACCCUGAUUAAAACAUUAUUUAAAUAACUUAAAAUAAAUUAGUAUAACUUACACUUUUUUAUGACAACCAAAGCGAGAUAAUAUUUUGUCGAUUUUCAGGACUUUUAUGUUGUUUUCCAUCAUCUGUAGAUCAAUCGAAACACUGAAAUAGGUUUUUUUUAUAUAAU